AUGAAUGAAGCAUGGUACGAUAAACUUGAUGAAAUUAAUCAUAAUGAUGCAGAAAAGCCAAUGAUUACCCUUGGUUUAUUAAGUUUUGGUGUUCUUGCACCCUUCUAUGUUGUCUAUCGCAAUCAACAAGAAGAAGAACCUCAAGAGCAGUCACCAUUGAAUAAAGAAGAAUCUCAAGAACAGUCACCAUUGAAUAAAGAAGAAUCUCAAGAGCAGUCAUCAUUGAAUAAAGAAGAACCUCAAGAGCAGUCAUCAUUGAAUAAAGAUGAACAGUAA